CUCCACUCUUUCCUUCUUUCCUAAAGAAUUACUGAGAGAGAAAAGAAGUUAAAGAAAACUAAAGAGAAAGAAAGAGAAAAAGAAAAUGGGGAGGAAAGAGGGAAGACAAAGGAAUCGAUAGUUGGCGCCCAAUGUUUCCGCCGACCAAUUUUCACGUCAUUGUCUCUUCCACUACCUCCACUCUCUCUCAAUUUUUUAUCUCUCUAGAAGCUUCCUUAUAGAAACCCUAGUCCUUUUUCCUCUGGUUUUUUCUUUUAAAUCCCCUAAUUUGUUUUUUUUUUUUUUUUUUUGGUUCGGUUUCUUCCGUUAUAUUUUUUUAACUCAUCGGAAGUUGCCAGAGUUUUUAUGUGAUCUAGGAUUUUAGUUUUUCUUCGUUUUAUUAGAUUUCUUUUGGUUUUUAUCUAUUUUUUGGGUAUUUAAUUUCUAUAAAAGAAUAUGAGGGUUGGUAGCGGCGUCGCAGAGCAAUCUGUGAUUGUUGAGAAGGUCGAGGAUACUGAUAAGGAGAAGAAGAAAAAACGACGAUCUAAUCGCCGAUCCAAACAUAACUUAGCUUGUAAUUCAGUGAAUGAAGCACGCGGAGAGUCAUCAGAUAGCUUGAAAAGUGAAGACAAACCAAAAAGUUUGACAUCAUCUGUGAGUUGUUCUUCGUCCAAACAAGAAGGAUUACAAAUGGCUUUGAAUGAACAGACUCCCGAUAGAGCAUCUGAUGUUGCUUUUAGUUCUAUGCCUGCGAUGCAUAUAAAUGAACAAGAUGGCUUUGGUUUUGAUGAUAUUGCUGUUGCUGUUGGUGGAAGAACUUUUUCGAAAUCGUGUCCUGAACCAAUUGCCUACAUGGGGUCAUCUAAAAUGUGCGUAGAUGGUUUUCUUCCUUUCCACCAGGUUGAGGGUUUUGCUCAAAGGAAACUGUUUACUCCAUACUGGCCUAUAGAGGCUGUAAAUGAGGCAUUAAAGAAAGGGGAAGCUUUCAAAGCAUUGUUUCAUGUGAAUGCUCACAAUCGACUUGAGGCAUAUUGCAAAAUUGACGGGGUACCUACAGAUAUUCUCAUCAACGGAGUAUCUUUGCAGAAUAGAGCUGUUGAGGGAGAUAUUGUGGUUAUUAAGGUUGAUCCUUUGGGAUUGUGGACCAAGAUGAAAGGGUCAAAUGGGUCCUCAAACAAUUCUGCACAGGUAGAAGAUUUUAAUUUAGUCCAAGAAGUCGAUGGACUGGCUGAUAAUAGCUACAAGGGUAAAGGUAAGGUAGAUGCAGAUUGUGAGUAUGCUGAUUGUGGAAGUGGAGUACUCCUUGGUAAAGCGUAUUAUGAUGAGAAACAAGUGACUAGCACAGCAACUUACAAUCAUGUUAAUGGGCACCACCAAUCUAGUUCAGAUUCUUUGUAUAUGGGUCUUUUGCCUGGGCAGAAUGAAGGCAUAAAUUCAGUCGAUUGGUUGACUGUCAUGACUAGUCAAUUCCCUCUGAAACGACCAACUGGGAAGGUUGUAGCAAUUGUUGAAAAGUCUCUUCGAAGAAAUGCUAUUGUUGGUUUUCUUAAUGUCAAGCAGUGGUUUUCCAAUCGAGAACUUGGUAGAAAAGAUGCAAAGAAAAGUUCAGCAAAAUUUGACCAUGAGUAUGUUACAUUGACCCCAACCGAUCCAAGAUUUCCCAAAAUGAUUGUUUUUGUGAGAGACUUACCAGACUGCAUAAAGAAAAGGUUGGAAGAUGGUGAUAUAACAAUUGAGAUGGAGUUGCUAGCUGCCCAAAUUGAAGAUUGGACUGCAGAAAGUCCUUUUCCACGAGCUCGUGUCUCUCAUUCUUUUGGACGGGGUGGUGAAUUGGAACCACAGAUCAAUGCAAUCCUCUAUCAAAAUGCAAUCCAUUCUGCUGAUUUUCCUCCUCAGGUGCUGUCUUGUCUUCCAGAUAUUCCUUGGGAAAUCCCACCAGAGGAAUAUCAAACUAGAAAAGACCUUAGAGACUUGUGUGUGUUUACUAUUGAUCCUUCCACUGCGUAUGAUCUUGAUGAUGCUUUAUCUGUUGAAAAGUUAUCCAAUGACAUUUUUAGAGUAGGUGUACACAUUGCGGAUGUGUCAUACUUUGUGUUACCAAACACAGCCGUAGAUAUAGAAGCUCAGAUUCGAUCAACCAGUGUGUACUUGUUGCAAAGGAAGAUACAGAUGUUGCCAUCUUUGCUCUCGGAAAAGCUUGGUUCACUUAAUCCUGGUGUAGACAGGCUUGCAUUUUCUAUGUUUUGGGAAUUAAACGGCACAGGGGAUGUUUUGGAUCGUUGGAUUGGCCGGACAGUGAUAAGAUCUUGUUGUAAUCUUUCAUAUAAGCAUGCUCAAGACAUCAUUCAAGGGAUAAUUGAUGUGGAGAGAUUUAAUACUUUAGAAUACCCCCAAUUGCAUGGCCAAUUCAAAUGGACUGAUGUUACUAGAUCUGUUAAAUUUCUUCAUGAAAUUUCAAAAACUUUGAAGGAGAGAAGAUUUAGUGAUGGUGCUAUACAGCUUGAAACCUCUAAAGUUGUUUUUGUAUUUGAUGAAGAUGGGGUUCCAUAUGAUAGCAGGCUAAAUGAGCGGAUGGAUUCAAAUUUUCUUGUUGAAGAGUUCAUGCUUUUGGCAAAUAUGACUGCUGCAGAAGUAAUAUCUAGAGCUUUUCCCGAUAGUGCAUUAUUGCGGAGGCAUCCUGAACCUAAUAUGAGAAAGCUCAAAGAGUUUGAAGCCUUUUGUCGAAAACAUGGUCUGGCAUUGGAUGCUUCCUCUUCCGGUCAGUUUCGUCAAUCCUUGGAGAAAAUACAGGAAAAACUAAAGGAUGAUUCUGUUCUUUUUGAUAUUCUCAUCUCUUAUGCUUCAAAACCGAUGCAAUUGGCUACUUACUUUUGCAGUGGUGAGUUAAAAGAUAAUUUGAACGAUUGGGGUCAUUAUGGGUUGGCUGUUCCUCUUUAUACACAUUUUACUUCACCCCUACGUCGGUAUCCAGACAUUGUAGUACAUCGGACAUUGACUGCUGUAAUUGAAGCGGAGGAGUUGUAUUUGAAGCAGAUAGGGUUGCUUAAAGGUGACAAGGAGGAUGAAGUGUCAAGGUGUUUCACUGGUAUUUAUUUUGAUAAGGAAGCUGCAGUGUCUCCACAAGGGAAGGAAGCAUUAGCAAUUGCUGCAUGGAAGCAUGGAAUUCCUUCCUCUGAACUUCUUGUUGAUGUUGCUGCAUAUUGCAAUGAAAGAAAGCUGGCCAGUAUUCAUGCUGAGGAUGCCUGUGAGAAACUCUAUAUGUGGGUUUUGGUGAAGAAAAAGGAGAUUUUGUUGUCGGAUGCUAGAGUCUUGGGAUUGGGACCGAGAUUUAUGUCUGUUUAUAUUCAGAAGCUGGCUAUUGAGCGACGAAUAUACUAUGACGAAGUUGAAGGGUUAAAUGUGGAAUGGCUUGAGUCUACCUCAACGUUGGUCCUUAAUUUAUCAGGGCAAAAUCGGUUGUUCAAGAGAGGUGGCCUAGGGAAUUACAUGGCUUUAGGAAAUGUUGCAUGGGUUGUAAAUCCUUAUGAUCUAAGUGUGGAAACAGGUGACCAUGAUGCAACAUGCAUGGUGAAUGGUGGGGUAACAUUCCCAGAUUUGGAGGCAAUCUCAAAAUCUUUUGUUGAUCCUGGAACAUUUCCUUUGACAGUGCGCUUGCUUUCAACAAUUCCCGUGGCACUAUAUGCAAUUGGUGGUGAUGAUGGACCCCUUGAGAUUGGGGUACGCUUAUACAUGUGUUCAUAUUUGAAGUAAUUCAUGAGAGAACUGAAUUGAAUGACCUCACGGAGACAAAAGGUAACAUAGCCUUGUAUGGAAUGAACAGGUUCUGUCAUAGAUAAGAAAUUAGUGUAUAGUUAAUAUAUAAGUUCUGAAGAGAAAAAGAAAAAAAAAUGAAAACCCGUGGUUUAGAUUUACAGGUUCUUCAUUAUCUGCUUGAUAUUUGACACUAAGGCAUGUGGUGGUGGAAGGUGUAGAUAACGGUUGGUUCUGGGGGUUCGUUUUUAGGUUUUAGUGGCUGUUUUUAGCAAAAGCUGCUCUUUGGAAUUGGCCCUUGUUUUAACCGGCGAGUUCCAUCUAAUAUCCAGUAGUAACUCUUAUUAUUCGACACUAAGCAUGCAUUUGGUGCUUUAUGCUGUCUCCGUUCGAAUUUCUUGGACUGCAGCCUGAAAGUGUUUUUCUUUUUGGAGCUUGGAUGGCUAAUUUUUGUUGUUUUUAGAUUCUUUUGUUUGAGACAUUUGCAGUGUGUUGCACUUUCUUAUUUAAUUAUGCGUUGAAUAACGUCGACUUUCUCUCCACGAGGCGAAAUAAAAAUGCUUAUCUAGUUUCUGUUAUUGCUUAUAUUCUGUGUUUCUCGCUUCAAUGCUACAGGGAUUUUCUCGUGAUAGUUAG